AUGGCCGAACGGAAAGUGCUGAACAAGUACAUCCCCCCGGAUUUCGAUCCGGACAAAUUAGCGGAAAGCAAAAAAUUGAUGAGAAAAAUAGAAAAGAAAAAGAACAAGAGCAAUAAGUAUAACAGGAAGAAGAAGCAUUUUUUAAACAUCCGAAUGAUGUACCCCUUCACACUGAAGUGCAACAAAUGCAAAAGCUUCACAUACGUUGGAACGAAAUUCAAUUCCAGAGUUGAAAAAUUAAGAGACGAAAGUUACCUGAACAUCCCAAUUUGGCAAUUUUAUGGAAAAUGCUUUGAGUGUAAAAAUGAAAUUAUUUUCAAAACGGAUCCAAAAAAUGGAGACUACAUUUUAAUAGCUGGAGGAAUAAGAACAUAUGAUGCACACAAGGAGCAAGAAAUUGCCGAUGAUUAUUAUCGAGAGAAUAAUCUCAUCAAGGAGGAAGAUAAAGUGAAGAACAAAGAAAAGGAGUCCUACAAUGCUCUGCUAGAAUUAAAAACAAAUGAACAAUUGGAGGAAUUGCAAAAUAUGAACAGAAGACACAUAGACAAAUUUAACAGCAUCAAUAAGGCGCUAGAUAAAUUGUACGAAAAGAGCGAAAUGAAAAAUAAUAAAAAUAAUUUUUUCAUGAGCAAUUUAGAUUCGGAAGAUGAAAUGGCGUUUUUCACUUUGCUUCGAAAAAGUAGGGCGGCUGCAGAUCAGCCGGGGGGCGCGCCAACAGGGUCGAUAUCACGCGAGGACGACGUCAUCAUAGAGGAGGAGGUGUUAGAAGAGGAAGCAAGCUCACAUAACAGUGACUCCCAGAACGGCGACUCACAUAAGAGCGACGAGCAUAACAGCAACUGUGACAAGAGCGACACAGAUGACGCACUGCAAAAGAGCCCCCUACGUAAAACGAAAGAAAUCUCGGAGGGAUUCAAAAAAAGGCAUAUUCAUAGUGACGAAGCGGCAAAAGCAGGCAUGGAAGGAGCGAUCAAGGUUCGGAGAACAAACCAAGUGAGUACUGAUGACGUGCAGGAAACGGAAGGGUCCAUGACCAAACCCAGAAUCAGCAUUUUCAAAAACCGCCUAUCAGCUGUAGGCACCGAACAAAGUGCGAAAAGGAACAAUUUUGAAAAGAGUUACAACUUUGUCAUUAAAAAGAAGGAGGACCUUUCGAGCAUUCUUAAUGAGUACAAUUCGGAUAGCGAUGGCAACUCCGAUGGCGCAAGUAGUUAA